AUGGCUCCACCAAGGAGGAACACAGGGAAUGGUCAAUCGAAUGCUGAGGGAACCACUAAUCUUCAAGCUAUUAUUGAAGCCAUUGGGGGUUUAACCAAUAUAGUGCAACAUCAAGUAGGAGCCACCAAUCCAACUUGUGCUUUAGAGAAGUUUAGAAAGCUUGACCCUCCUACUUUCAAGGGUACAAAGGAUCCAAUAGAGGCUGACAACUGGCUUAAGGAGAUAGAAAGACUCUUUAGGGCAAUGGAGGUUAGUGAUGGGCAACGAGUUAUCCUUGCUGUUUUUGUAUUGAAAGGUGAUGCAUUGGAAUGGUGGGAGUCCACAGAGAGGACACAUGGGAGAGAAGUUAUAACUUGGAAGCAUUUUAUUGAGCUCUUUCGUAGGAGGUAUUUUCCUGAUAGUUUAAUGGUCCAAAAGGAAGCUGAGUUUAUUCGCAUAGCACAAGGUACUCAAUCAGUGUAUGAGUAUGAGCGGAAAUUUGCUGAAUUAUCCCGCUUUGGUCCACACAUGGUUGACACAGAAGCAAGGAAGGCUAGGCAUUUUGAAAGGGGUUUAAGGGAGGAAAUUCAAGGACCAGUUUCCAUGUUCAAAUUGGAAACAUAUGCAGAGGUGGUAGAUCGAGCUCUCAUAGCUGAGAGAAAUUGCAAUCGUCUUUCAAAGGCCAAUGAUCAGGAGAAGGAUCCAAAUCAAAGUAAUUUUCUUAAGGGAAAGUCUAGUGAAAUUUCAUUCAAGAAGCAAGGGGUGCCCAAUUCAAACAAGAAGGCACAUAAGACUUGUCCAAGAUGUGGAAAGGCUCAUGGUGGAACAUGUUAUUUGGAGUCAAGAGCAUGUUUUAAAUGUGGCAAAACUGGACACUUUAUCAAAGAUUGCCCAGAUCUGAAGAGUGAGCCAAGGGCUGAGCCUAAUGAUAUAAAUCAUAGGCCAAAAAUCCAAGGAAGAGUGUUUGCCAUUACUGGGCAAGGUGUUGAGGAAUCUAAGUCAGGUACCAUCUCCUUAUUUUUUUCUCUUAUGAAGUGA